AUGGCCAGGACUUACAAGACCACUCGCAAGCGCACCCGAGGUCGCUUUGUUCGCCAUGCACCUGCUGAGCCAGCUCCAGUUCCAGCUCCUGCACCUACUGAGCCAGCUCCAGUUCUACCUCCUGCAACUAUUGAGCCAGUCCCAUCUCCUGCCCUUGCACCUGCCUCAGCUCAGCCAGUGGAGGAGGUUGAGGAAGAACCAGAGAUGGACUACUACUUCGCUGAGGAUGAGGAUGGCCGUAUCAUGGCUGUCGAUGCAGAAGGAAACAUGUCAACUCCGCCACCGUCGCCAACACCAGCAGUCCCAGCUCCGCCACCAGCAGCUCCUGGUCCAGUGGCGCCAGCUCCUGCUGCUGCUAGAGGAGACUCGGGUGAGUUAGGAGACGACAAUGAUGAAGAUGAGGAGGAUGAUGACAACUAG